UUUCUUAAGGCGCAUUUCGAAGCUCACCGAAGCGGUGUGAAUAUUGAAACAAGAGUAAAAAAUGGUAGUUUUUUGAAGGGGCAGAAACAGAAAGUCAAAACCGUACUUAUUAACACAGGCAUAUAUUUCAGAUAGUUUUAUAAAUGAAGUUUUAAUAAUCUCUGAUAUUUUCUGUUGUAUCAAUUUUAAAAACUUAAAAAUUUAAGUUCUCCUUUAUACUUAGUAUGUAUAACUGUAGGUCUAAAGAAAUUCCUUUGAUUUUCGAGCAGAACCAAGCCUUUGAUUUAAUUUCGCAACAUGUACCUUUUGUCUAUCGAGGAGCUGAUAUUGGACUUAGCGCACAAAAAUGGACCAUAGAUUAUCUUACGGAGCAUUUAGGAAAUGAAGAAGUUAAAAUUCAUGUAUCUGAAUUCCAGAGAUUAGACUUUUUAAAAAAGAACUUUGUAUACAAAACAUUACCAUUCAGAGAGCUUCUUCGAAGAGCUUCUCGUAAAGAACAGGAGGAAGGUCAUUAUUUCACUUCUAAAUGGGAAUAUUACUAUUUGAGAUCAGUUGGAAAGGAUGCAAGGAAAGAUGUUGCUGAUAUUAAAUCACAAUUUCCAUCUGUAGCUGAUGACCUAGUUUUUCCAUUCUUUGUUCCAGAAAGUAAAAUUUUUUCUAGUGUUUUUCGAAUAGCCUCUGAGGGAUUGUCUGUUUGGACGCAUUAUGAUGUUAUGGAUAAUGCUCUUAUUCAAGUGAAAGGUGAAAAGAAAGCUGUUUUGUUUCCUCCUACUGAUGCGUUGAAUUUAUACUUAAAUGGGGAUAAAUCUGAAGUAAUGGAUAUUGAAAACCCUGAUUUCAACAAGUUUCCCAAGUUUGAGAAUGUAACCAGGCAUGAAUGUUGUUUAUGUCCUGGUGAUAUUUUAUAUAUUCCAGCAUUAUGGUUUCAUAAUAUGACAUAUUUAGACUUUGGUAUAUCUGUUAAUGUGUUCUGGAAAGAGUUGGACCCUGCCCUCUAUGAUAAGAAAGAUCCCUAUGGGAAUAAAGAUCAUCUUCCUGCCCAACAAGCAUUUACAUCUCUCGACAGGGCUCUCGUUUCGUUAUCGAAACUUCCUCCGGAGUAUAAACAUUUUUACUCUUUAAGACUUAUCAACCAAAUAGAGAAAAAGUUAAACACAUGAUGCUGUUGGAAUAGUUCUUAAUUUGUAUAGAUGAUUUUAAUGAAUAAAUAUGUAUAUUCUUUUUUUAUUUUA